UCCCAUUUUGAGCCCCGCUGAGAGGUAGCUGCUCUCUGGGCUGGGUUGUUCUUUACCUCGUGCUUCGGGUGACUCCUUGCACUGUCCUGCUCCGGCGGAGGGCUUUCGAACUCUGGAAACGUUUUUCUUAAAUGCACUCAGUCCUCUUUGCAAAAGCCCUCCCUGCCCUGCUGAGAAAGCGCGGCGACUCUCAUCACCCAAGCCCGGGAUGCUGUUACUGCAAGACCGCCAAAACCUGUUCUGAGAACGAGUGUGCUGACCUAGGGACCCCCGGGAAUUGGAGUUGUCAAGAUAAUACGGAUCCUUCAGCUGAUUCUAAGCAAGUCAGUAUGUCCUGUUGAGCCAACACUGCCUUUUCUGAGGGUAUGGUUUUUCUUAUGGAAGAAUAGUCCGUUAUUUCAUGAUGGCAUUUGCACCUCCAAAAAGCAUAGAUGGUCCCAAAAUGCAGACAAAGAUGAGUACCUGGACACCUCUAAACCAUCAGCUUUUGAAUGACCGGGUAUUUGAAGAAAGAAGAGCUCUGCUUGGAAAAUGGUUUGAUAAAUGGACAGACUCUCAACGGAGAAGAAUCUUGACAGGCCUGUUAGAACGUUGCUCCCUGUCACAGCAAAAGUUCUGCUGUCGAAAACUUCAAGAAAAAAUUCCAGCAGAAGCUCUGGAUUUUACUACCAAGCUUCCAAGGGUGUUAUCUUUAUACAUCUUUUCUUUCCUGGACCCCCGAAGCCUUUGUCGUUGUGCACAGGUGAGCUGGCACUGGAAGAAUUUAACUGAGCUGGAUCAGCUCUGGAUGCUCAAAUGUUUACGAUUUAACUGGUACAUCAAUUUCUCUCCAACUCCCUUUGAGCAGGGUAUAUGGAAGAAGCACUACAUUCAAAUGGUAAAAGAACUUCAUGUUACCAAGCCUAAGACACCUCCAAAAGAUGGGUUUGCUGUUGCCAACGUUCAACCAGUUACAAGCAGUUCUGCAGAGGAAAAGCAGUCCCCUGCAUCAGCUUUCAGGUCCUCUUCCUCUUUGAGAAAGAAAACCCACCCAGGGGAGAAAGAACUCCCACCCUGGAGAUCUUCUGACAAGCAUCCAACUGAUAUCAUUCGCUUUAAUUACCUGGACAACUGUGACCCCAUUGAGCAAAUCUGGCAAGGAAGGAGGAAAAGACAUGAAAUGAACCCAGAUUUCAGUCGACAAUCACAUGAUAAGAAAAAUAAAUUGCAGGGCAGAUCUAAGCUAAGGAAAGCACAGUCACUGAUAUCCCUAAAUGCAGAACCCAGCGCCCCUCUCCAAGUUCCCGCUCAUCUCGCCUGGUCUCCUCAUCGGUGGGCCGGGCUCCCGGCCACCAAAGCAGCCACGAAAAUCCUCACGCAACAUCUUCAGAGGCCCUCUGGGCUUCAGGCAUUACCCAGCCAGGCUCCAGAUCCGAAGUCAAUUUAAAAAUGUGAAAGGAUUUUGAUAGAAAUGACAAGGUGCUCUACACAUUGGAGAGUUGGAUGUUACUUGGGUCCUCUCUUAGAAACUUUCAGCUUAGGUACCUACUUGGGACAGGGAGUUCUACAGUAUUUCAGUCAAAGGUAUUCAUGGCCUAAGUGCUGACGUAGUUACAAACUUAGAUACAAAUAUGAGGCUAGAUACCAUGGGGUUGAUAAAGGGACACGGGAUAGCAACAGUGGUAAUAUUGGGUGUGUGGGGCAGGGUCCCAGAAAGAUGCAGACAGCACACUCCCAAGGCUACUUGAGCAGUUUAAUGAUGGGGCUGUUUACCAUGGUGUCUCUUUGGCUAGAGCUGCCAUCACAAAGUACCACUGUUCCAGCAGCCAUAAGAAAAAUACCAGAGAUGGGUGGCUUUUAAACAACAGGCAUUUAUUUUCUCACAGUUCUGGUGGCUGGGAACUCUAAGAUCAAGAUGUUGGCAGGG